CACGUCGACUGGCAGGCUUCAAACGCCGCCACAUCCCCUCCCCGCGCUGUGCAGCCGCCCCUGCUGGCAGGGAAGGGCCAGAGGCUGUGUCGGGGAGCAGGUCUGGCUAUUUUGGAGCCCUCAGCCGCCGCAGCGGGGAGGAAGGUUUUGAAGAGCCCCGUGUAAAGCGAGAGGGCGGGGUGGAGCCGCAAUAAGGAGCCUCUGUCACUCCCCGAGCGGGCUCGCCCCUCCCUGCGGCCAGCUCCAGCGGGACGGGCGCCGGGCGAGGAGGCCAGCAGCAUCCCGCGAGCCGCUUUGUGCACUCCCAGAGCAGGAUGCUGUUCCCAGGCCGGGCUGCACCGAGCGGCUCCCCUCCGCUCUCCUUCGUUCAUCUCGUCUCGUGUCUCCUGGCGGCGUCGGCUGCCGCUGCGGCAGGACCCACAUUUCUGGUGACAGGUCCCCGGAACAUUAGGCCUGGUGCGAAUGUGACAAUUGGGGUAGCUCUGCUGACAGACAGUCCUCCACAAGUCACAGUGAGAGGUGAAGUGCUCAGAGGGAAUGAUAUCGUGCUACAUGGGGAAGUUAUCUUUGAAAAAGGUUCCUUUGGAACUCUUGUUCUUCCAGCACUGCCUUUGAACAGCAGGGCUGGCAGUUAUGAGUUACUGGUGAAAGGCCAUGCUGAGGGCCGGCUGUUAUUCUCUAACAGCACCAGCCUGUUAUUUGAGCACAAGAGUAUCUCUGUCUUCAUCCAGACUGACAAGUCUCUAUAUAAACCAGGCCAAGAAGUGAAGUUUCGGAUUGUCACUGUUGAUCCUGAUCUCAAACCUUUCAAAACUUCUCUAAGCAUAUACAUCCGGGACCCUCGAGGGAAUUUGAUUCAGCAGUGGUUGGCAGAGAAAGGUGAUUUGGGUAUGGUUUCCAGAAGAUUUCAAUUAUCAACAAGCCCUCUACUUGGAGACUGGUCCAUACAAGUACAAGUCAAUGAUCAAACUCAUUAUCAAAGAUUUACCGUCACGGAAUAUGUAUUACCAAAAUUUGAAGUUACUCUAACAGCAUCAUUAUAUUAUCCUUUGAAAGACAAGGACUUUACUGGUAUUGUCACUGCAAAGUAUACUUAUGGAAAGCCAGUGAGAGGAAGUGUAAUAGUCACUUGCAUUCCUAUAUCCUACUGGGGGAGCAGGAGAAAUGUUACUAAAACAUUGGAGAUCAAUGGAUCUGUGAACUUCACUUUUAAUUACUUGGAGUUUGAAAAUGUAACUGCUGUCCAACAUGCACAGUAUCAGCGUGAUAUAGUUUACAGAGGGCCAACAGAAAUUAUAGCUGUAGUUACAGAAUCACUUACAGGAAUCACUCAGAAUGCAAGCACCACUGUAUUUCCAAAGCAGAAUGACUACAUCAUUGACUUUUAUGACUAUGCUAGAACUCUAAAGCCUUCUCUGAACUUCACAGCUACUCUAAAAGUAACACGUUCUGACAAAAAUCAGCUGACGGCCGAAGAGAGACAAAAUUAUGUCACAGUCACUGCAGAACAGUCAGACACAGUUCCUCACCAUGCUGUGUUCUCUGUAUACGAAAAUGGAGCUGUGCAGCAGAGAAAUGAGACAGUGCAUAUCCUAAAUUAUACUGUCCCAGAAAAUGGAAUCAUUCACCUUGAGGUCCCGGUUCUGACUAAUACGAUGAGUCUGCUCAUUAAGGCUAGUUUCCUUGAUAGUGAAAGUAACAUAGCAGUUCACGGUGUAUUCAACUCCCCCAGCAUGACUUACCUCCAGAUAAAAAAACCAAGACAAGAUGUAAAGGCUGGGAUUCCUUUUGAGCUGAAUGUUGCAAGCAACAAGAUAAUAAAGGAGAUCAGUUAUUUGGUGGUAGCUAAAGAACAGAUUGUGGCUGUAGGCACAGAGGCUUUGACAACGUUCACUUUAAAACCAGAAAAUUCCUGGGCUCCUGUGGCUUGUAUAAGUAUCUUUUAUAUUGAUGAGAAUGGGGAAGUUGUAAAUGAUGCCCUGACUCUGUCUAUUCAGCCUGUUCUUGAAAACAAGAUCAAAAUAUCUUGGAAUAAAGAUAAAGUCAAUCCAUCUGAGAAAGUCUCCCUUAAAAUCAGUGCAACCGAACCCAGAUCUGUAAUUGGACUUUCAGUUGUUGACAAAAGUACAAAGCUCCUGGGAGAAAGUAAUGACAUUACAGAAGACAGUGUGCUCCAUGAACUACAUUUGUACAACACAGCACAAUAUUUUGACUCAGUGAGAAGUCCUCUCAGUGUCUUUCAGAAGUGCAACCUCUGGGUAUUGACUGAUGCAAAUCUUCCAGAAGACAAGAAUGAUGUUCUCUAUGAUGAGAUGAUACCCCACAGUGCAGAUUUCACUGACUAUCUAGAUUCUGCAGCUGGAUUUCCUGCUUUCAGUAGUCCACAUGUAAGGAAAAAUUUCCCGGAGACUUGGCUUUGGAUUGACACCAACACUAGAUCCAACAGAGACACAACAAUGGAAGUUACUGUACCUGAUACCAUCACUUCUUGGGUAGCCAGUGCUUUUGUAAUAUCUGAGAACCUUGGACUUGGAAUUACAACUGCUCCUGUUGAGUUAGAAGCUUUUCAACCCUUUUUCAUUUCCUUGAACCUUCCUUACUCGGUUACCAGAGGAGAGCAGUUUAUUUUGGAAGUAAACAUCUUCAAUUAUUUGAAAGAAGCAACCAAGGUUAUGGUGACUCUUGAUCUCAGUGACACAUUUGAAAUUCUUAUCACAUCUAAUGAAAUAAAUGCUACAGGAAACCAGCAAUCUGUGUUUGUACCAAGUGAAGAUGCAAAGACUGUUAAUUUCCCAAUCAAACCGAAACAACUGGGAGCGAUUUCUAUUAAAGUGACAGCAAUAUCGCCCACUGCUUCUGAUGCCAUCCUCCAGAAAGUUUUAGUGAAGGCUGAGGGACUGGAACAGUCUUAUUCACAGACACGUCUUUUAGAUUUGACUGGGAAUAACCCACCAACAGUAUCAGAAACUUUGGAUUUCACCUUCCCUCCUGAUGUAGUAAGUGGCAGUGAAAGAGUACAAGUCACUGUUAUUGGUGAUAUUCUUGGGCCUUCUAUCAAUGGCUUGGAAUCACUGAUUAAGAUGCCUUAUGGCUGUGGUGAACAGAACAUGAUAAAUUUUGCUCCUAAUAUUUAUGUUUUGGAAUACCUGACCAAUACAAGGCAAUUGAAGGAAGAUAUUAAACUGAAGGCUACAUCAUUUAUGAGAGAAGGCUACCAAAGAGAGCUUCACUACCAAAGGGAUGAUGGCUCUUUCAGUGCCUUUGGCAACAGUGACUCCUCUGGGAGCACAUGGUUAUCAGCUUUUGUAUUACGAUGUUUCCUGCAAGCUCAUCCAUUCAUUGAUAUUGAUCCAUACGUACUGAAGAAAACAGCUGAUUGGAUUGUCAAACAUCAGAAACCUAACGGUGAAUUCUGGGAACCUGGAAGAGUGAUACACAGUGAACUUCAAGGAGGCAGUAGUAGCCCAAUCACUCUCACAGCUUACAUUAUGACAACUCUGUUUGGGUACCAAAAUGAUGAGAAUGCCCUUGCUGUAGCAAAUGCUGCAAACUUCUUGGAAACUAAAUUAGAAGAAGGAAUUUCAGAUAACUAUACACUGACACUUGUGACAUAUGCAUUGUCAUUGGUAAAGAGUACAAAAGCAAAAGAAGCCCUGGAUGUACUGAACCAGAGAUCAGAGCGGCAAGGAGACAUUCGAUUCUGGACGUCUCCAGCCCCUCAGCUGUCUGACUCAUGGCAGCCACGCUCCGUAGACAUUGAACUUGCAGCUUAUGCUCUGCUUUCUCACUUUCAGCAAGAUAGAUUAUCCGAGGGGAUCCCUAUUAUGAAAUGGUUAAGCCAGCAAAGAAACCAUCUUGGAGGUUAUUCAUCGACUCAGGACACCAUCAUGGCCCUGCAAGCCUUGAGUAUAUUUGCAGCUCUUAUUACUUCCAGAAAAACAGAAAUUGAUCUAACAGUGACUGGACCUGGUCUGGAAGCUCCAGUAACAUUUUCAGUUGAAACUCAAAACCGUUUUCUUCUUCAGACCAAAGAGAUUGCACCUAUGCAACCGACGGCCAUUUCAGUUUCAGCAGUGGGUGUCGGGUUUGCCAUCUUUCAGCUCAACAUUAUUUACAAUGUGAAACAUUCAGUCACUGGUAGAAAGCGCAGAUCUAUCCAAAGUCAAGAAGCUUUUGACUUAGAUGUUGUCGUAAAAGAUGACAAAAAUGACAUAAACCAUUUUACCGUAAAUGUAUGUACAAGGUACUUGGGGUCCGGUGCAUCUUCCAAGAGUGGUAUGGCCCUCAUGGAGGUUGACUUACUUAGUGGCUUUUCUGUAUCACCAGAAUUCAUUUUAUUAGAUGAUCCAGUUAAGAAGGUGGAAAAGGAUAAUGGGAAAGUCAACCUAUACUUAGACUCUCUAAAUGAAACACAGGUUUGUGUGGAUAUUCCUGCUGUGAGAGACUUCAAAGUAGCAAAUACUCAAAGCGCCUCCGUGACUAUAGUGGAUUACUAUGAACCCAGGAGAAGAGCAGUGAGAAGCUACAAUUCAGAAGUGAUGCAAGGCUUGUCAUCUUGCGUCUUCUGUGAAAAUGACUGCAGUCUUUGCAAAAGAGACACAGACUCCAGUGAUGGCUCUCCAGGAUUGCACCAGCACUUUUCAGCGAUUUCCCUGUUCUGCUUCUUGUUUGUAAUCCAGACAGGUUUGCUGCAGAGUUUGAUGGUGUAAGAAGACACAUUUAUGUAGCAGUUCUGAGAUUUCCAUAAAUCACCCAAGAAAGUUUUAUAUUAAUAAGGGCUGAAACAUCACCCGGAGAUAUCCGAGACUAGCCUCCCAUUGUGUUCAGUAGAAGCAGGAUUGGGCCUAUAGGCUAACUCGUUGGGUCAGAAAAAUUUUGUGUAUUUCUACUGGACAAAUUUAACAACUUCUUAAAUGCUUUUUUCAUGCUAUAGUUAUUUACAUUUUCUAAAGAAAUACAGAAUUAGAUUAAGUGAGAAAACAAUUAAGACUAAUUUUCUAUUUUCCAAAGGUUCUUUUUCUCCUUUCAGCCUUAUUUUUGUUUUGCUUAUGGUUUAUGGAUGGGUAUUAAAAAUUAAGGAAUAAUGUUAGUUUAUGGAAUUAUUCUGAAAAAUUAUCUACCUUUUUAUUUGACUUUCAGUAAGUAUAACUGUGGGUUUGUAUCAGUACCUUGCUCAGUUCUGCUCUGCAUACCUAAGGCUAUUUAACAUUAAUACUGAACUCCAUUGUACACGUUCAUGAUUGGACAACAGGAAAAGUAAAUGGAGCUAACUUCAAAGCAGUUAUGGGAGCUAGGAAGUGAUGCAUUCACAAGUGGAUGAUAAUAAAAAAAAUCAUAUCUUUUUAUCGUUACAAAGAAGUGAGCUUUUGCCAGUUUGUAAGUUACAUAUUUUUUAAAAAUAAGCUGUUCAAAGGUUUCAGAAAUUUUUAAUACUCUUUACAUUGAAAGAUGGCUUUGAUUCCUACAGUGAAAUUUGGCAAGCAGGGACUCUAUCCCUGGGACUUUAUUUCUGGAUAUCCUAAAAAAAUAAUAAUAAACACAACUUCCCUCCUCAUAGUGAAUCAUCUAGCCACUGAACUCUGGGAAAGCAUUGGCCUGCUAAACCCAGGGUUGUGAAUUCAAUCCUUGAGGGGGCCAUUUAGGGAUUUGGGAAUUUAGUUAGGGAUUGGUCCUGCUUUGAGCAGGGGGUUGGACUAGAUGACCUCCUGAGGUCCCUUCCAACCCUAAUCUUCUAUGAUUCUAAGCGGCAAAGAAAUGUGAUUGAUACACAGGUGCCGACUGGCAAACCUGCGGCUAGCAGCAGGAGUCCAGGAUCAAAGUUGGCUUGACCCAGUUCUGGUGUCCUGGAGCCUUGUAGAAAAGCCACUCUGGAGGACCUCAGUUACAGGAAGCAUUGGUGAACUGAACGGGGGGUGGGGGGGUUCAGAGCUGUGUUCCUUAUGAUAACGAUAUAGGCAUCCUUAGUCGGCAGCAGCUAUGCAAAGAAACAUAUGCUGCUGCACAGUUUUAGGAUCUAAUCCUGUAAACCACAAUUCCUAUUAUUGAUUGCAGGAAGGGCUUGUAGGAAUAGAUUAAGUGGAGUGAGUGUGUGUGUGUAUGCUUGUCUUUAAAUAUAUGAGACCAUGCUUUAGUUCUUUAUUAGAUUGGGACUCCACUCCUUAUUCCAGAUUAUGGACCUGCAUUUAGGCCUAAACCUGCACUCCACACUCAGGUAGAAUCCAGUGUGUAGUCUUUGAAAGUUCUGCCAGAGUUGGAGGAUAGGAUCGGGAGCUGUUUCUGCUUUUGCAAUGACUGUGAGCACCUGUUUGCUGGAUAGUUAUGCUCCCAUCCUAUCCUUACUAAAAUUGCCCAUAGUAUUGAAUUUGACUGUUUUUUUAAAGCAACCAAAAUGAUGACAGUUACUGUAAAUAUAGAGCAACUGCAGUUGUGACAGAAACAGAGACACGACAAAAUGUUAAAGUUACUGCUAUUAUUUGCCCUUCAUACACACUCCUGUGUAUUGUCUCUGUGUGUAUAAUUAAUUAACAAAGUCAUUCUGCCUUUCUUGAGUAUUGUUUUGAUCCAGCUUUGCUAUUGCUUGAAAUGUAUAUUUUUGUAAUAUUUUUUAAAGAAAAGAGAUUAGUUCAGAGCCACGUUGUGUAGAGGGAUAUAAGGACUUUAUGCACAGGGUAUUGCCUGCUGAGAGUUUUUCUUUUCUUUUUUUAAAAUAAAAAUGUAGCUUAGGUAUAUUCAAAAAUUGCCUAAAGCAUGUGUAUGUGUGUAUCUAGAUAUAUCUAGAAAUAUAUAUAGAGAGUUAACUUUUUAAUCUUUUUUCAUAAAUGUGGGGUCUCAUUUUGGGUCUGAUCGCAUGCCCAUUGUAGUCAGGGUGUGCCUUCCCAUUGAUUUUGAUGUGUAUUGUGUCUGGCUCACUGAGUAGUUGAACAGUAUUUUACUCAGAGCUGGAUUGUGUCUCACUUGUCUCUUACCUAUUAAAAUCAGUGAGGCUCCUUCUGAAUACAAUACCAUGCUCCUGGAUAAAGGUCUGGAAUCUGCCCCUCUGGGAGUAGUUCCAUUGGUUUAGUGGGGCCCAAAAUUAAAAGGAAACCAAGACCCCACUAUAGAUAUCCUUCCUCCUCUCAUGCCUACCAAGUCCAGUUUAUCAGUGAGUUCUUUGGUCCCAUGUAUAGAGCCCAGGCAGUCACAAAUAACGUAUGCUGUGGAAGUUAUUUUUUCACUUUGUAUCAGAAGAUACUGACUUGUUGGUGAACUUUGAGAACACUUCUUCUUUCACCUCUGGUUCUGGUGGACAGCCAUCAGGACUGUUGACAGAUCAUAUUCCUCGGAUUUAUUCUAAAUUUCCAGAACACAAGAGGCUACUUUUGGCUUGUACUGUACAUAACGCUGUCAAGAAGGAAAUUGAUAUGUGGUUAGUAUUAUGAGAAAGAGGCUUGUUUUCCAGUGGAAAUGCACUGGAGAUGAACUACUACUUUCUAUCAGUAGAUGGUGGGGAAAAAAAUCCCUGAAUUUUUUGCAGAUAAUCAUAACUUCCCAAAUACUGCCCAGAAACACAGGUUCAGAUUGCUUUUGUCUAACUUUUGUGCAGCAUAGCUUGGAUUAGUGUUCACUUCACUUUGUUUUCUCAGAAACAAUGCACAUUUUAAACAGUUCUUGGCUGUCUAAUGAACAACACUAAGAAGCAUCAGUCAUGCUGCAUUCUGUCAUGAAAAGUGCAUGAUCAGUGGACAGUCCUUUUUUAUGUACAGCAGGGACAUCAUUAAAAAAAAUCCAAAGCUGUCUCCACACUAAAGCAUAUUGAAGGGGGCAUAACCAUGCAUAGCAUGAGAGAGAUCUAGCUGAAAGGUACAAUUUUGAAAAGUGCCUAACUACAACUGACUUCCAAUGGGACUUGCUCCUGAGUGACUUAUGAAAAUGGAGCUUAUCCGCCUCAGUCAUUUUUAGACACUUUUCAAAAUUCUGCUCUUGGAGCAUGUUCCAAAACCCAUUGACUUAAAUGGAUUUAAACAGGUCCAAGCACUCUGUAUGUGUAUACAGUGUAACUACAAUACAGUGUAGAAAGAAUAGUCUGUUAAGAAUAUGUAAUAUAUUAAUAGGUUUAAUUUGCAGAAUUCAUAAAAUGAGAGCUAAGUUUGAAAAGGGUUCACUGGCUAAAAAACUAAAAUCACCAAGGUCAUUGAUGGCUACUUUGCUCCCUUUUCUAUCUCAAACUGAGGAGAGAGGUCAAGUGCACCCUUGUUGCAUUGUGUUUAAUUUGGCCAUCAUACUAAUUUAUCCUUUUCUGAUGUAGCCCUUACAUUUUCUGUAGAUACCAUCUCCCUUUAUACAGGGGACUGUUAAUGUUUUUCUCCUGCCUGUUUUGGAACAUGGUAGAAGAAUAAUAUUGACUACAGCAUUAUGGAAAAUUGCUAUAGAAUUUAAAAGAAAAUAAUGACCUUCUUAUAAUCAUUUUGAAGCUAUAGAAUUUAAUUGAGAAUUAUAUCCUAUUAAAGAAUUUAUAUAGGAUGGUCCAAAAACAUAUGGAAAGGAUUUUACUUGCCCGUCAAUUUAAUUGUGUAGAUUUAUAAUUUCUAUAGAAGCCUAUUGUUUUAAUCCCUAUUAAAUUACAUAGCAUUUACCCAUAGCCCUGAUUUCAAAGUUUUCAAGGACUAUAUAUCUCCAGUAAUUUAUGGAUGAGAAUACAACAGCAGUUAUUGUCUACUUGAUCCAUUCUCUUGUUAGUUCCUCCCUGGGUAAAAAAGCUAUUAGACUCCAUAUGUUUGAUUUCAACAGUAUUUCUUAGAGCAAAUUUAUUCUGAGUUUGUAUGCCAUUUUGCAACAUCAUUGCACUAAUAUUUUAUGCAAUGAAGUCUGAGAACUUUAGUGUAUCUGACUAUUCCAAAUAUCUUAUUCUUUCUUGUUGUCGCUAUUUGAUUUCUGAUGUGUAAAGUGUUAAUUUGUAACUGUAUUGUAGAGUACCAUAUAUGUAUAACCAGAGAUGCUGAAUGAAGAAUUCUCUUUAGUUUUACAUAAUGCAUUUAUUUCUGUAUUUCUGAGUACUUUCACAAAAUCUUAAUUAACAAUGCUCAGAUCUCAUGUCAGGCAUUUUUUUAUGGAUCAGUUUUUAUUGUGGUUUGUAAUAUUUUAGAUGAGUGAUGCUAAUGUAAAUAAGAAACUAUAAAAGCACUAUAGGAACUAUAAAGAGCAGCAGAGUAUAGGCAGAUGUACUAUACUUUUCUUCACAGCUUUGUUACUACACAUCAGUCCUGGUCUAUUGCAUCUCUACUGAUUUAGGUAUUGAGGCCAUAGCCAAUUGUUCCAGAAUUCUUGUUGCUUUGAGAUAUGGGAAGUAUCUGCUUUGAUCUAGACUGAGGUCAUGUGCAUAUUUUCACUUCUAAUUAAAUCAUAGAUUUCUAAAAGAAAAUCUUUGCUUUUUUUUAACUAUUGUGCAAAGACUGCGGCCAAUUGGGUUUUGAAAUGUAUACGUUCUUCAUGGUGAAUGUUAAGGGAUUAAAUAUUGUCUAGUCUAUGUAAGAAUUUUAAAAUUGCUUUAUUUUUAUGCAGAUACAAAUUGUGAUGCCCGUUGGAAAUUCUAUUAAAGAUUACAUUAAUUUUUGACAA